AUGGAUCGCUACUGCAAGGAUCUGUAUGGUGCGCAGGUCACUCUAGUGGACUGUUUCUUGAGGUAUGAGACCUCCCGAUUCUGCUAG